AUGUCUUCCUUUAGAUCUGUUUCAAACACUUCUGUCAUCAUUCAUCCUCCAGGCUUCUACAUUGUUGGAUUUGAGUCAUUUCCCUUCAUAUCUGUGUAUUUCAUCUUCCUGGCAUUUGUUUAUGUGUUUUCAGUGAUGUUUAACUGUUUGCUAAUUUAUACAAUUGCUGUGAAUCACAGUUUGCACACUCCAAAGUUUCUGGCUGUCACCAACCUGGCAGUGAUAGAUUUAGUCUUUAACUCCUGCACCAUUCCUGGCAUGAUAAAGAUUUUUCUCAUUAAAGAUAAUUUUAUUCCAUUUAACCUGUGUUUUGUUCAGAUGUUUGUAUAUUAUGCAUUUGCAGCUCUGGAGUCUUAUGCACUCACUAUACUGGCCUAUGACCGGCUGAUUGCUAUAUGUUUCCCUUUCAGGCAGAACUCAGUCAACACAGUGCGCAACAUGUGCUGCAUUAUCAGUGUAACCUGGUGUUUAGCUCUUGGAGUGGCAGGAUUUUCAACAAUCAUAAUGACCCGGCUGUCAUUUUGCAACUCUGUCAGAGUGGUUAGUUAUUUUUGUGACUAUGCACCUGUGUUUCGACUUGCCUGUAAUGAUAACUCACUGCAAUGGUCCACAGCUUCAUUCUCCUCCAUUUUUGUCCUUGGGGUGCCUUUUGUUUUCAUUUUCCUCACUUAUGUGAGCAUCCUGGUGACUGUGUUCAGGAUGAAAUCUGUGGACCGACGAGUGAAAACUUUGGCCACAUGUGUUGAACAUAUAACUGUUGUUGCCAUAUUUUACAUUCCUAUUUUUGUUAUUUUUGCCAUUGGGUUUUAUUCUAGGGUAGUUGAACCAGAGAAGAGAGUUCUGAGUCUGUCGCUGGCAUCUUGUAUGCCUCCUUGCAUUAAUCCUAUUGUUUAUUCUCUGAAAACCAAAGAGAUCAAAAUUAGAGCACUGGCUAUCUUUAGAAAAUCUAAAGUUAAUGCAAAAAUCUCAGCAAAAUCCAAAUCAAUCCUCGUAGACUCUAGAAGUAACAAAUAA